CAAUGGAGGGAAAGUUGGCGUUUUUAAAAACGGAAAUACAGGCUGUCCUUCAGUCUACUAUGGGUAAAAGCCAACAAUGUGAAGUGAACACUGUGAAGUGUUUGUCCACGUCCGUUUUAAGGAACUGUCAUUUAAUGAAGCACCUCUCUACGGCACACGCAAACUACAAAACACCGUUGUUGACACUGUUUACGAUAGUGGACUAGCUGUGGCUACAAGAGCUAAGCUAACAAAGAAGGACACAGACCCAGGCCGUGCAAACAGCUAAAGGUUGUCAAUCUAUGGAUUGUCGGAAGUAACGAAGAAAGGUAAAAGGAUGAUGCAUGUAAACAGGUUCGUUGUUCUGCCCAAAUGCCUUCACCUCGGGAAACGGAUUUUUACUCACAAUGUGAGACAUGCUGUUCGGCAUAUCCAGCAGCAGCAGCAACAGAGGUCCAUCAGAAGUGACUGCAGACUCCUGUCCUACGCUAAGGAUCUGUUCCUGGGGCAGAUAAACAAGGCUGAGGUGUUUCCUUAUCCAGAAAUUGGAAAUGAAGAAUUGGAGGAAAUUAGGCAGCUUGUUGCUCCAGUGGAAAAAUUCUUCAGGGAAAUUGUUGACUCAACAAAGAUUGACCAAGAUGCAAAAAUCCCAGAGGAAACCUUGACAGGACUAAAGGAGCUUGGACUGUUUGGAAUCAUGAUUCCUCCAGAAUAUGGGGGUCUAGGAUUGUCCAACACUAUGUAUGCACGUCUGGCAGAGAUCACAUCCUUGGAUGGCUCUAUUGCUGUAACACUUGCUGCUCAUCAAGCCAUCGGACUGAAGGGAAUUCUGAUUGCAGGUACUGAAGCCCAAAAGAACAAGUACUUGCCCAAACUGGCCUCUGGAGAACACAUAGCAGCCUUCUGUCUGACGGAAGCUGGAAGUGGUAGUGAUGCAGCCUCUAUUAAAACCCGGGCCACUCUGUCUGAAGAUGGAAAACAUUACCUGAUCAAUGGCUCCAAGAUUUGGAUUUCUAACGGAGGCCUUGCAGAUAUAAUGACAGUGUUCGCCAGGACGGAGGUUGAUGUGGAUGGUGUUAAGAAAGAUAAAAUUUCAGCAUUUAUUGUGGAGCGGGCCUUUGGGGGCAUCACCAGUGGCAAGCCUGAGGACAAGCUGGGCAUCAGGGGCUCCAACACAUGUGAAGUGUCCUUUGACAAUGUCCCUGUGCCAGUGGAGAAUGUCAUUGGAGAAGUAGGUGGUGGAUUCAAGAUUGCCAUGAACAUCCUGAACUCAGGAAGGUUCAGUAUGGGCAGUUCUGUAGCCGGAAUGAUAAAGAAACUAAUUGAAAUGACCUCUGAGUACGCAGCAACUAGGAAGCAAUUCAACAAAACCCUAGGUGAAUUUGGUAUGAUUCAGGAAAAGUUUGCCAUAAUGGCUCUUAAUGCCUAUGUGAUGGAGAGUAUGGCCUACUUGACAGCAGGGAUGAUGGAUAUACCUGGGCUUCCAGACUGUUCUGUGGAGGCUGCUAUGGUCAAGGUGUUCAGCUCAGAAGGAGGUUGGAUUUGUGUCAGUGAAGCUCUCCAGGUCCUGGGAGGUCUGGGUUACACCAAGAAUUACCAGUUUGAACGCUAUGUCAGGGACUGUCGCAUCCUGCAGAUCUUUGAGGGGACUAAUGAAAUCCUGAGGAUGUACAUAGCUCUGACUGGAUUGCAGUAUGCUGGCAAAAUUAUAACAGGGAAAAUCAAAGAGAUGAAGAAAGGAAACGUUGGUAUGGCUGUGAGCAUGACGUUCAAGAAACUGAGGUUCCUUUUGGGACAGUCAGUCGACCUUGGCCUUACUGGACUAGAUGGUGUGGUACACCCGAGUCUGGAAGAAAGCGCAAAGAAGUUGGAGAAUAACGUCUACACUUUUGGAGCCACAGUGGAGAGCCUACUCUACAGAUAUGGAAAGAGCAUAGUGGAUGAACAGCUUAUACUGAAGAGAGUAGCCGAUGUGCUGAUCAACCUCUAUGCCAUGACGGCAGUCUUGUCCAGAGCCAGCCGCUCAAUCAGCAUCGGUCUGAGGAAUCAUGACCAUGAGGUGCUGCUCACAAACACGUUUGUCAGUGAGGCUUUCUUCAAGAACAAUUACAUGAUGACUCAGCUGCAGAAACAUACUCCUGAGAACAUUGAUGCCAACAUCAAGAAAAUCGCCACGGACGUGUUACAGAACAGAGCCUACAUCUGCUCUCAUCCUCUGGACAGAACAUUCUGAGCCCCCUCCUCCUGCCCCCCCGUGCCUCAGCAAUGUCUCUCUGGGUAGAAGAAUGACAGGUUUACUCACAGUGAAUCAUUUUUACUCCUAGAUUUAUACAAUAAAUGUAAAUUUACUGUAAUGUUAUUAGUAAAAGACUUUUUUAACAAUGGCCUAACAUCAGAUCUACUGGGAUGACUUGUCUUGUUUAAAGUGUUACUGUACUGGUUAAAUGUGCUGCGUGGAGCCCCCCACCCCACCCUCACCCCGUCUGUUUUUCUUUCUCCUAGUGCCUAAAUAAGUCCUUAUUUAAUAAGAUAUUAAAGUGUGUGACCAACCAGGUAUAAAACAUGUCUGAUAAUUAAAUCCAUCUCCAGAAAUCGUUUGAAGGGACGUGGAGCAGAGCCUGGGACCUUUGGGGUAUCACUGCAUUUUUACCACUUUCCCAGGGACUACACAGUUUUUAAUCGUUAGCCACAAACACAAA